CUUUUUUGCCCCUAGGCUGGGCACGGAGAGAAAGAGCAGGGUUAAGAGACACUGGGAGGGCACUGACCUGCCCGCCCCCGCCGCUCCCCCCAUCAAAUUUUGGGGAAAAAAGAAGGGAGAGCAAGCGACGUGUAUCUGUAAUUUUAUUUAAGUCAGCUCACAUACGUGUGCCUUAUCCGGAGAGAGGUUUCUGGAACAAGCCAAGGGCAGAUUCAGGCUCCCGGAUAGCGCUAGGUCGGAGGCGUCAUAAACACCCCACUUGUUUACUAUCUGAUAUCAGGGCCCAGGAGCGCUACAGAGAUGGUCUCGGUUCCCCCCUCCCGCCAUGAAAACGGGGUGCGUGGCUUGGGGAAGGAGGAAUCCAGUGGCUAGUCCCAAAUCCUGGUGGAGAUCUCGCCCCCAGAGUCCUGAGCCCCAGCCCUAGGUGUUGGGGCGUGUGUCUCCCGGCCCAUCAAUAUACAUUACAUAUUUAUAUAAAUUCUCAAUUCAGAGGUCGACCUGAGACCAGCAUAGCGCCUACGAAACCAAACUGGGAGGGGUCGCUGGGAAACCCUGGCUCUCCAUUGGCUGCGGGCGCUCGCCGCGAUGCGGGGGGAUCUCUAACCCUAUUCAGCAUGUUUUGUACAAGAAAUGUCAGCCAGAAAGGGCUAUCUGCUCCCUUCGCCAAAUUAUCCCACAGCAAUGUCAUGCUCCGAGAGCCCGGCCGCGAACUCUUUUUUGGUGGACUCGCUGAUCAGCUCGGGCAGAGGGGAAGGAGGUGGAGGCGGCGGCGGAGGAGGAGGUGGCGGCGGCGGCGGCGGAGGCGGCGGCUAUUACCCUCACUACCUGCCACAAGCGUCCGAGCUGUCCUACGGUCUGCAAAGCUGCGGGCUUUUCCCAGUCCUAAGCAAACGCAAUGAAGGAGGCGGCUCGCCGAGCGGCAUGGUGCCCUCGUCGCACCCUUACAUGUCGGGCAUGGAGGUCUGGCUAGAUGGCCCCAGGUCGUGUCGUAUGGAACAGCCAGAUGGUCCGCCGCCCUCUAAUCACCAGCCGCAGCCCCAGCAGCCCCAGCAGCAACAGUCCCAGAACCAGCAGCAGCCCCAGAAUCACCACCACCACCAGCAGCCACAGCCGCCGCCACCGCCACAGCAGCAGCAGCAGCAGCAGCAGCAGCAGCAACAGCCUCCGCAGUCACAAGCGGCCUCCUGCUCCUUCGCCCAGAACAUCAAAGAGGAAAACUCUUAUUGUCUCUAUGAUUCCGACAAAUGCCCCAAAAGUUCAACGGCCGCAGAGCUGACCUCCUUCCCCACGCGGGGUCCGCCCGAGGUCUGCGCCCUCAACAGCGGCGGCGGCGGCGGCGGUGGCGUGCCGGUCCCAGGCUAUUUCCGCCUGUCUCAAGCCUAUGGCACCGGCAGCUCCAAGAGCUAUAACGCGGUCGCCGCAGCGGCGGCUGCAGCAGGAUCGGGGGCGCAGCUGGGCGCCUCCCCGUUCCCCCAGCAGCCCCAAGUUCGCUUCGACUCGCAGCCGGCUCUUGCUUCGGUCUCUGCUGAGACGAGCAGGAAGGAGAGCUCCUUGGAGUCGCCUCCCCCUACGGCCUUAGCUUGUGGCUCCCAGGCAGCGGAGGAAGAGACCCAGGCGUCGUCCUCAGCCGCAGAGGAGCUGUCUCCCGCUCCCUCGGAGAGCAGCAAACCCUCUCCGGAAAAAGACCCCAUAGGCAAUGCCAAAGGUGAGAACGCGGCUAACUGGCUGACAGCGAAGAGUGGCCGGAAGAAGCGAUGCCCCUACACCAAGCACCAGACUCUGGAGCUGGAGAAAGAAUUUCUUUUCAACAUGUACCUAACUCGAGAGCGGCGCCUAGAGAUCAGCCGCAGCGUCCAUCUCACAGACAGACAGGUUAAGAUCUGGUUUCAGAACCGACGGAUGAAACUGAAGAAAAUGAACCGAGAGAACAGAAUCCGGGAGCUCACAGCCAACUUUAACUUUUCUUGAUGAACCUCCAAACGACCACCCCGUUUUGACGAUGAAAAGAGCCAGUAACCCUUCUUCCUAGGCGCUAGAGAUUCGCACCUGUAUCACCCGGAGUCACAAGUUGUUUUUUUUUUCCUCCCAUCCCUUUUUCCAUUCUCCAUCUAU